AUUGCUUUUUUGGUUGCCAAUUCUUCGUUCGAGAAUAACCUGAUGGAACCACAAUUCCAAACAACUAAGUUUGCAAAGACACAUUUCAACAACAGACUUUGGCAUCAGAAUCAGAAAUCAUGAAGCUCGCAAAGACUUUCCUUCUAUCUCUCCUUUCAGUAUUUGUUCUCGGGCAAUGUAAAGGCGCAGGCGUUCGAGCCCUUGCGGAUGGAACUCCCAGUGCGUCCGCCAAGGACGCAGACAAUCGUCGACGCCUCUUCGUGCCAUUCUUCAGCCCCGUAACCAUUAACGAUAUCAUCGAACAAUUCAUUCCAACAUUGAAUGCCCUGAUCCAGUCGACUCUCGCCUCAAACCUGGACAAUGUCAACUUGGGCAUUGACUUCUCGCAGUUCUUGGCUGGUCUGGAUGUCGCCGUGAACUGCACAGCGGAUGGAACGGUCCAGUACAACCUGGGUUCUCUCACUGGCUUGGGGAGCUUCCAAAUUGAAUCCCUUGAACUGGUUCCAGGAACAGAAUCGUUGGAGCUGUCUUUCAUGGGCCUCAGUGGCGCCUCCUGGUCUGGUACUUGGAACAUCAAGGGGGUAUUCGGCGAAGCAAUUGGAGCAGUCUCAGAGGUUGUACUAUCGGCGGACGCGUGUGGAUUGCCACUGCAGGAAACAGCAAAAGGCAUGACAUCGGUGGCAAAUCCAGGUAUCGACAUUCGAGUCUCCAUGAACGGAUCAAGCCCGAAUCUGUGGUCCUUGGCUUCAUCGUUUAUUGAGUCCAUUUCAGUGGACAGUGCGAACCUCUUUUUCGACUCAAUUGUUGCAAAUAUAGAUGGAUUGUUCGGAAAUGGUCUCGAGCUUGACUUGUCAACAAUUUUUGACGGCCUCCUCUCUGAUGUCCUCCUCAACCAACUGCUCCCGCUACUUGUCAACCUUCUCCAAAGCGUCUUGAGUGGCGGACUCAAUCUCAACUAAAGCAAACAACCAUGCGAAGAGUAUGCAUUCAUCUUCUUCAUAAAUAAGUUCAUAUCAUACUGAUACAAAUAGAAUAGCCUACAUGUACUCGCUAAGCUUCCACCACAGAUUCAGCUGCU